GUCAUCUGUCACUUUUCAACACCCUACACAAAAAUGCACGCAACUCCGUCACGUCACUCAUCCAAAGAAAACGACGACGAAAAUUACCAUAAAAUUACGAAGGUUAGUUCUUAAAUUCCAAAAAUUAAAAACGAAAACUACCCUCGCGUGUGUGCUUGAUUUUAUUUUAAUAAAUUAAAAAUAAAGACACUUGUUACCGUUAAUAACAUUUAAAUAAAAAGUAUCUAACAAAAUGUAUGAAUUGGAAACCCUUUUACCCAAAUUCGAUAUCCAAUUACCGACCUGUAUGUACCCUAUGAGUAGUAAUGCCCUCGGAGAUGAGGAGCAGAAUUCGAAGACGACGACGACAAAUUGCAACGGAUCAGGACCUCGACCAGCUGGAGAUGGUUCCACGAAUACGUCCGCAAUCGAAAAGCGACAAGAAAAAGUUCUUCAGCAGUUAAAUGAACUAAAAUCCCAACUGGCGGGAAUACGAUCACAGUUGGGUUUGUGCCAAAAAGGAAUUAAGCACACCCAGCAGACAAAAGUCCAGAAGGAUGAACUCAUUGUUGAAGAUCCUCUCCAUGAUAUCGUCAUCAACUCUCAGCCAACUUUCAUACCUUACUCCCUGUUAGCGCUCAAAAACGCCUGGAAGGGCACUUUCAAUAUCGACGUGAAAGUAUUCGCCCACUCCUCAAUAUCGAACAUCAGCCAUGAAGCGCUUGAAUUUCAGAAGAAGCUCUCAGCCAGCAGUGAAAGCGAUCCAUCAAAGCGUGGCAUUAAAAUCACGCUCAUUUGGACAAAUUGUGAGCACACUGAAAUGAUUAUGUCACCUACCAUGUACGUUCCCAUUUACGGCGAAGUUAACAUAAUUCGCUAUUUGGGACGUGUUGGACCGGCAGAAUAUCGCUACGAACAGACACCGCUGUGCAAUGAAAUCGAUCUUGUGCUGGACAUCUGCUAUGAACUCCUGCGAUGCAGUACGGCCAAAUCAAAAGCCGAUGUUGUUCGUACACUCAACAAUCGACUACAAAAGGAGCAAUUCUUUGGUGGCAGUCGAUUGUCUGUGGCCGAUAUUGGGGUAUAUAGCACAUUCUUGCGAAUGAAAUUGACUCCAAAGGAUCUUACACCAGCGCUCAAGGAGUGGCGUGAACGAGUCAAGGCGGCGAUACAACUUUAAUUUGAAAAUUUUAACUUGAAAACGAAAUAAAUUCGAAAAAUUAAACGAACUAAA